AGAGAGAAGGAACCUGCGGGGUCCAUUUAACACCAGUAGAGUGCACUCCGCUCCACACGCGCUGGGUCACUUCUCGAGGAAGCAACGGGCUGGUUUCUCCCCCUGCCUUUGCUGCACCUCCGAAACAUUUUAAAGGAUCGGGGUCCGUUUGAAGGACAACAGCGAAUCUCCUCUCAUGCCAGUGCGUGUUUAACGUUGGGAGGGAACAAAUCUCCACUGUUUCGUUUCGUUUUAACGAUUGAACACUGCAGCGUACAGUCCGACGUUUCACUUGGAUUUUAGGAGUUCAAGCGCGGUGUGCGCUCAUUCCCCUAACCAUGGAAUUAUGGAUAAAGUUGAUGGUGUUGUACGGUUUCUGUUUAGGGGCAAGUGCUGAGAAUGACGGCAGGUGGCCUCGGCAGAUGGCCUCGUCCAAUGGGCUGUGUCGCUACGGCGCCCGCAUCGACUGCUGCUGGGGAUGGACCCGGCGCUCCUGGGGCCACUGCCAACGCGUCUUCGCUCUAACCCACAGAGUAGUCGGGAGAAUACGGUGUCCGCCACAAGCUCUGUGCCAGCACGGGUGUAAGCAUGGAGACUGCGUAGGACCCAGCAAAUGCAAGUGUCACCCCGGCUUCACUGGAAAAACCUGCAAUCAAGACCUGAACGAGUGUGGUCUGAAGCCCCGGCCGUGCAAACACAGGUGCAUGAACACAUACGGCAGCUACAAGUGCUACUGCCUCAAUGGCUAUAUGCUGAUGCCUGACGGGACAUGUGGAAAUACCCGUACCUGUGGUAUGGCCAACUGCCAGUAUGGCUGUGAGGUGCUGAAGGGAGAGGUGCGCUGUCAGUGCCCGUCGCCAGGGCUUCAGCUGGCGCCGGAUGGAAGAACCUGUGUGGACGUGGACGAGUGUGCGACCGGCAUGGCCACGUGUCCCCGGUUCCGUAAGUGCGUCAACACAUUCGGGAGUUACAUCUGCAAGUGUCACGAGGGCUUCGACCUGCAAUACAUCAACGGGAAGUACCAGUGCGUAGAUGUGGAUGAGUGCUCCUCAGGCCAAAACCAAUGCAGCAGUUUCGCCACCUGCUAUAACACGCCUGGUUCCUACAAGUGCAAGUGCAAAGACGGCUACAGGGGGAUGGGCCAUGACUGCAAACCCAUUCCCAAGGUGGUCAUCGAUCCCCCCAGGUUCCCCCCGAACCACCACAACAUUAUCCCUGACUCAGACCACAAGAGGACCACCACCACGAUCCGACCGCCCAUGACCGCCAAGAGAGUCGCCCCCACCGCCCCCAAAAGAACCACAACCACCACUACCACCUCCCCCACCUCCUCCAAGGACGAUGCCCCCACCCCUCGUAAGCCAGUGGUCCCCACGAGACCACCAAUCAUACCCACCAGGAGACCCCCUGUAGUCACCCGUAAGCCCUAUGUGCCCCCACGGCGUCCCACCAUCACCUCUCCACCGCCCCCCACCCGCAGGACCCCACCCUACGUGCCCACACGCCGCCCGCCUCCCCCAAAACAGCCCGAGCCGGUCACCCCAGUGGACAACACCAUCGAGAAGGAGGUCACCAAACAGAGAGGUGACGUCCACAUUCCACGUAACCAUGAUCACAACACCGUCUUGGGGGUCGACUUUGACAUUGAGCUGGGCAACACGGCCGACGAAGCGAAGGAUGACGCAGAGGCUGGCUACCUGAGCUGCUCCUUUGAUAACGGCCUUUGCGGUUGGAUCCGGGACAAGGAUGGCGACCUGCACUGGGAGACAACACCGGACCCAUCUGGUGGAAAAUACCUCACCAUCCCUGAGGUGAGCGACAAGAAGAGCGGGCGAGGGGCGCGCCUGGUCCUCCCGUUGACUCCUCCCUGGAAUGACGGUAACCUGUGUCUGUCGUUCCGCCACAAGCUGGCAGGACACCAUGUGGGUAUGCUCCAGGUGUUUGUGAAGAAAGGGAAGCAGUACAGCCCGGCCGUGUGGGGAAGGACGGGGGGUAGCGGCUGGAGACAUACCCAGAUCACGCUGUGGGGCACGGGACUUGAGAGUGUGAUCCUGAAGGGCGAGCGCGGGCGUGGCCGGAGCGGAGAGAUGGCUGUGGAUGACAUCACCUUGAGAAAAGGUUCCUGCACCGAGGAGCACAAUCUGAGAAGACAUUAAUACACACAGCAGAGAGCGACAGAGAUGGAGAGAGAAAGAGAGAAGUGGAGAGAAAGAGCCCAGGGAGGAGCAGACUCUGAUUGGACCCCCAUAGAGGGUCCAAGAGUACCUCUGGGAAGAAGGGGCAUUUCUCUCUGCCUGUCCACCAAUAAGAAGACCGCACCAAACCUGUCCACCAACAAGAGGACUGCAACAAACCUGUCCACCAAUAACUAGACUGCACCAAACCCUUCCACCAAUAAGAAGACUACCCCAAACCACAGGGGAGAAAGAGGGUCCACCAUGUGAUCCCCCACCACCCCUACCCACUCUCUCCAACUCUCCAUCACCCGGUUCCUCACUAUUGACCUGUGCUUGCCCCUGGUAACCCUGGAAACGUCCCUGUGAGCACUGCCACCCAGACAAUCACAUCGCCCAAAGGCCUCCAUCGAUGUUUCAUCAUCUUGCUUUCAUAUUUUAGUCUGAAGCCAUAUCUGAUUGUUUGCUAUCCAUCAUUUAGAUUGUAUAACUGUUUUAACCUGCGUCGUGUUCAUUAGGUACCAAACAGGGAAAAACUGACUGAAACAGGGAGGGACUACGAGGGCUUGUCCAAUAAGAAACAAUUAUUCACAUUUUCCGUUGCAGAGCAUUUUAAAACAUUUCCCGUUCUGUGCCCUAAUGAACAGGACCCAGGGACAACAAGAGAAGACACCAACCUGUAAUGAUAAUGGGGAGAAUGAAAAAUCCAAACCCUGAUCCGUUUAUUUAGACAAAUCAAAUUCUGUAAAACUAGUGCUGAGGCACUCGUAUGUUACUAUUGCUACAACCGUAUGCAAGUUCACAUGAUAAGCCAUUAUUAUCUGAAUUCUGAAUUUUAAGAUUGACCGUGAUUUCUCUCUAUGUGCUUUGUUCUAUUAAGUGCAAGUUGGUUGUACUGGCGAUGACAGUAUCAACGAUUUCUGGCUCUCACCCAGUGUAUUAUUGUAAAUGUAGUCGUGUGUACAUAUUCUAGAACACUUUCAUGCUCAUAUUAAGCUGUGUGGUUUAUACGUUUAUGUAAAUUCAGACUUAUGUAUUAAUUGGAGUGGAAAAAUGUAUGGUUUUCGUUUGUUUCUAUAAUUCAAUAUCAAUAUAUGGAUAAACAUUUGAACCUUGUGGGAAUACAAGGCUGUUUACAGUACAUAAAUGAUCAUAUCUGUUCAUGCUUUAUGUUGAAUUACUAGAUAAGUUCCUCAGUCGUUUUUAACGUUUCGCAGUACACAGUUGCAUUAUUGUGCCAUCUGCCAUAAUGAAGGUUCUGAUCUGUUGGAAAUUCAAACUGUACUAUAUGCAUGGAUCAGUUCACCAAAUUCUCAUAAUAUACUCAGCCAAUGAUGUAAAUAAAAGGACAUUGACUGAUA